UCUUUCGCAGAAUUGUUUGAUUCUCACGGCACCAAAUCCAUCCUACUGCCCCUUGACCUCUCAUGCCAAGGCGUCAAGCCUCAACGCACACAUGUUCAAGCAAGAGAUUGACAUGGACAUCGCGAUCCAACCGCCAGCCGAGGUUCAAGCAGGAUCGACAAUGUAUCCACCGGUAGUCAUCCGUAUUCCUCCAAGACCCCCCAUUCAGAACGACUCUUCUAUGCCAGAGAUUUUCCAGGGCUAUCUACAGGACGACAGCGGUAAUGUCGUAGAGGAAUGUGGUCCAUACAUCGCAUCACCGCAGCCAGUCAACACCUCCACAUCGAGGACAUCUGUGAUCGGAGGCGCAGACUCUCAAUAUGUCGUCUUCCCAAACAUUAUUGUCGAUGCUCCGGGGACAUAUACUUUCACGGUACGAUGUUAUGACACAACGAACGGUUUGCAGUCUUGGACGAUCCUCGGUGCAGUUCACACAAAAUCUUUCACGGUCGCAGACUGUGCGGUCUUAGAAAACAAGCCCAAUGAAACAGAACAGAGGUUACUUGAAGAACUGAAGGCCAGCGGCAACUUUGGACUAUGAUUCCACGGGCGGAGCGAGGUUCAGGUUAAUCGGGCGAAUAGUGAAAAGG